UGCAGAGCCGCAGAGGAAGUGGGAGAGAAUGGGAGGUCGGAGCAGUGAGUGUAGCAGUGGAGAGGAAGACGGAGAUGCGGAGUGGAAAGCGGCAAUCAGUUCUAUCGCCGCUUCCUCCUCCUCCUCCUCCUCCCACGGUUGUGUCCCUUCCUUCAUCAAUGGUUUUUCGGCUGCCUCCAACCAUUCGACGACCCCUCAGAAUACCCACAAUGAUGAUCAUGAUGAUGAUGAUGGUGGCGGCCUUCACAAACAAAAACCUCAACAGCUCAAGCACUAUCAACUCAAGGCACAAAAGCUUUUGGAUGAUAUGCUUGAAAAGACACUAGUGAUGGUGAGAGAUCCCAUUGAUGUCCCUGAUAAUGAUCCCGAGAUUAAUGAAGGUGGAAUUCACUUGUUUAAAAAUGCUCCCCCUGGAAUAGUGUUUGAUCAUAUAGAUGAACUUCAACCACCAAGAAAGAGACCAAGAAUCCUUCCUGGAAAAGAUAUUGACCAGAAAUCGAAGAAGUUUAAAAGACAAAUCCAAUCUGUCGCUGUUGAUGCGGAAGAUAUAAUGGCUGCUGCAAGAAAUGCAUGCCAAAAAUCAUUGGCUAGACUAGAAACAAAAGAUGCAGCAGCAAAAGCAGCAGCUAAAAGAGAGGAGGAAAGAGUUGCAGAACUGAAGAGGAUUAGGGGAGAGAGAUGGCUACCUUCCAUUGCUAGAGAAAUGCAGAGAAACAGCCAUGAUCGUAACCUCUUACGACAUUCGUUGCCAUUGUUGGAACGCUCUAUCAAGUAGAAAUUCCACACAACUGGUAUGGGUUUAUAUUCAAAAGCUUUGACAUGCUGUUCUUCAAGUUAUUGUGCGCCCUUUGGUUGGAGCCCUUUGCUUCACCCCGAAAUCUGAUGGACUAAACAAUGUAUUCAAGACAAGUUGUAAUUGCCAUUUUUCUUACAAGUUAAAUACAUGCAACAUUUUAGGUCGCUAAUAUAAAAUGGUAUUUGUAACGACACUCGUCGUCACAAAUAGGUCCAAUUUUCUCACUAAAAUCAUUUCGCGGCUUCCUCUGGGUGAAAUAAAUUUCCCGC